AUGGCCGCCACAGCACCGAAACCCGAUGAGCGAAAGGACGAGAAAAAGAACCAAGAAGAGAGCUCGAUCCACGAGCUAGCUUGCUCCUCUACCACUACUUCAUCGCCCGACAAUGCAGAGUCAGAAGUAGUCUACACGAUUGACGACGAAAAGACACCAGAUAAGACACAUGCGGAGAAACAAUCAGGCUCAAGCAUUCGUCUUCUAGUAUGGAUGGCAAUCAACAUUGUGUCCACUGUAGCCAUCGUCUUCACCAACAAGUCUGUCCUUUCGCAUGCCAUGCUUCGAAACUCCCAGGUGUCAUUUGCUGCAUAUCACUUCACCAUCACGGGCUUGACCCUCUGGAUUACCUCUCGACCCGGGUGUGGUUGGUUCGAGCCUAAACAUGUCUCGGCAUAUCGCAUCCUUCAUCUCGUUGCAGCCAUGUGCAUUCAAGUGAUCUUCCAGAAUCUCGCACUCGCACAUUCCUCUGUUAUUUUCCACCAGUUGGCGCGACUACUCCUUACACCUGCAACUGCGUUGCUAAACUACAUCCUCUAUCAAUCCAGCAUCCCUCGCGCCGCAUUCCUGCCACUCAUUGUACUCUGCACUGGCGUAGGGGUUGUCUCCUAUUACGACUCUGUGCCAAGCUCAAAGAGCACUGAGUCAACCUCAGCGCAGGGCAUUUUCUUCGCCCUCUCCGGUGUCUGUGCCAGUGCCAUGUACACCGUGCUGGUAGGCCGCUAUCACAAGAAGCUGCAGAUGAGCAGUAUGCAGCUUCUGCUCAACCAGGCACCUGUCAGCGCAGCUGUUCUAAUCUGUAUUGCCCCUUGGAUGGAGACUUUCCCUACCGUCUCAUCUGUGCCGGGGUCCCUGUGGCUGUCGAUCUUGGCGAGCGGCAUUAUGGCCUGUCUGGUCAACCUCUCCCAGUUCUACAUUAUCGACGCAGCAGGGCCUGUGACCAGUACCGUCAUUGGUCAAUUGAAAACCUGCAUAAUCGUUGGGCUAGGGUGGAUUCUGUCAGAUCAUGUAGUUUCACACCAAAGCGUGGCAGGGAUUCUGAUGGCCUUGACGGGAAUGAGUUUGUAUAUGAAGAUAAUUCUCAAGCAUCAGAAAUGA